CACGCACAUUAUGCUAUCAGCGUGUUAAUAUGGUCGUAACGUGAUCAAGAUAGGAGACGAGUUUUGUCAGGUCAUUUUAAAUUGUAUGGAGAGUUAAAUUACAGCUCGUGUACAAAAAACCGCAUGACAAAAUGGGGCUGUUCUGCGUGACUAUGCUUUGUGUUAUUCCACUUUGUGUCGCAGUUUGUCCAAAUAGUUGGCUGAGGUACGAGCAGUCGUGUUACCAUGUUGGACACACAUCUUUCAACUUUCUUGAUUCGCAGAGACACUGCGAACAUUAUGGUGCCUCGCUUGUAAACCUCGAGACCAGAGAUGAGAUAGCUUUUCUCAGAGGCUAUUUGAUGCUUUUGAGUGACCAAAAGCACUGGAUCGGACUCUCAGACGAAGAAACUGAAGGUAUCUGGAAAUGGUAUCCCUCGGAAAAGCGAGCAAACGUUACUGAUUGGCAGCCUAAUGACAAUGAACCCAACGGUGGUAUUGCGGCUAACUGCGCUGCAAUCUGGGCCGGUUACAACUACCAUUGGGUUGACGAUUCUUGUAGUGAACGGUAUCCGCCAGUAUGUGAAUUAGUCGAUGAGCAGGCGGUGAUUGUCGGUUGAUCUCAACUCGUCUAUACUUCCUUCGGUGCAUUGUUAACCAACAUCUGAAACAAAUUUAAAAUACAAUUCAUAUAAUUCAAAAUAUUCUAUGCUUGUCAUGUACAUAAAUUAUAUUUCCAAUGUG